CGAACAUUGUCUUCUGAGCACUUCGCCCGUCUCUAAACAAUGAAAAUCACAAAUAUCGUUACGGUGUACCUUCUAAUUGCAUUUGUUUCUGCUAAAGUUUCAGAUUUUAGACUGCAAAAAAUUGAGUGCACACGUUACGAUUCAUCUGUGGGGAACAUAACCUGCUUCUUACAUAAUCAGGACACUGCCCAAAGUGAAGUCGAUGUCGAUUUUUACAUCUCACGUCCGGUGGAUGGAAUUCUGAUACAUAUGGAAAUAUGGAAGAAACUCAAUGGUAACUUCAUUUUAACGCCGAUAAAUAUAACCAUAAAUGCAUGCCACUAUUUCGAUAAGAAAGAGAGGGUUCCAUUCCAUGCUAGCUUAAUUAUGAAGUGGGUGCAGUCAGUUUCUAACAUCAACCAUAAAUGCCCUUAUAUCGGCCAUGUUUUCAUAAAGAAUUUGAACACAGAAAACUUUCGAAAGAUUAUUCCUGUUGGAGAUUAUCGCCUCGAUGUUAAAUUGUUUGAAAAAUUCUUCACGCAUCCAUUGGUUUUAAUACGUGGAUUUGGUAAAAAAUGUUAA